AUGACAAGCGGUGCAAGCUCUUCAGGAUCUUGCUUGCCCUCAAAAAGAAGUUCUAAAAUAGAUGACAACUACUUGAAGGAAUUGAAUGAGGACUUAAAGCUAAGGAAGCAGGAACUGCUGGAGAUGCUAAAACCUUUAGAAGACAAGAACAACCUCUUGUUCCAGAAGUUGAUGUCUAACUUGGAGGAAAAACAAAGAAGUUUGCAGAUCAUGAGGCAGAUCAUGGCAGGGAAGGGGUAUGAUGAAUCCUCAGUCAUGGAGCUCAUUAAAGAAGCAGAGGAGAUGAAACAGAACCUGGAAAGGAAAAACAAGAUGCUUCGGAAGGAAAUGGCGAUGCUAUGGAACAAGACAUUUGAGACAGAAGAACUCCGUGAUCAACAAAAAGCACCACAGAUAAAAAACAAGGAAGACUUUGAGGAUGAAAAGGCUCCCAAAUCCCCCUCGUCACCUAGGAGGACCAAGAAUGAACUGGAGGUAUCAUUUGCAGAGAAAGUGAAGGAUAUAAAGAAGGAAAAGCAGCAGAGGAAAAUGGAAUGGGUCAAGUAUCAGGAACAAGCCAACAUCCACCAGAAUGACUUUCAUGGCAAAGUGAUCGAGCUGAGAAUUGAAGCCUUGAAGAACUAUCAGAAGGCCAAUGAUCUGAAAUUAUCACUAUACUUACAGCAAAAUUUUGAGCCAAAGCAAGCAUUUUUAAAUAUUCCAGGAUUCCAAGGUACUAAGGGGACCACAACUAUAGACAGAGCAGCUACUGGCGGACAUGACCCCAAUGUGAGAAUCCUGGGAUCAAAGACCUACACGGAACAACAAAGAUCUAAAGGAAGUCAUUUUGAUGAUGGCGGAGGGAGGCUCUUUUUUCUGAGGUCACUGCCAGAAGAAGCUCUGAAGGAUUAGAAGGCUUUCACUCCAUU